GUGAGCAGGCUGGCGAUGGCGGCGCUGGUGGUGUCUGAGGCGGCGGAGCCGGGCGGCCGCCCCGGCCCUGGCAGAGGUCGGGGCCCUCGGGGCCGUCUGGCCAAUCAGAUCCCCCCCGACAUCCUGAGUGACCCCCAGCUGCAGGCGGCCAUCCAGGUCCUGCCUUCCAAUUACAACUUUGAGAUCCCCAAGACCAUCUGGAGGAUCCGACAAGCCCAAGCCAAGAAGGUGGCCUUGCAAAUGCCUGAGGGGCUGCUCCUCUUUGCCUGCACCAUCGUGGAUAUCUUGGAAAGGUUCACAGAGGCUGAGGUCAUGGUGAUGGGGGACGUGACCUAUGGGGCCUGUUGUGUGGACGACUUCACUGCAAGGGCCCUGGGAGCUGACUUCUUGGUGCACUAUGGCCACAGCUGCCUAGUCCCUAUGGACACCUCAGCCCAAGACUUGCGGAUACUGUACGUCUUUGUGGACAUCCGGGUAGACACCACCCACCUCCUGAACUCCAUCCGCCUCACCUUCCCCCCUGCCAGUGCGCUGGCCCUGGUCAGCACCAUUCAGUUUGUGUCAACCUUACAGGCAGCUGCCCAGGAGUUGAAAGCGGAGUACCGUGUAACUGUCCCACAGUGCAAGCCCCUGUCCCCUGGGGAGAUCCUGGGCUGCACGGCCCCCCGACUGCCCAAAGAAGUGGAGGCUGUCGUGUAUCUUGGAGAUGGCCGCUUCCAUCUGGAGUCUGUCAUGAUUGCCAACCCCGAGGUCCCUGCUUACCGGUACGAUCCGUACAGCAAAGUCCUGUCCAGGGAGCACUAUGACCACCAGCGCAUGCAGACCGCCCGCCAGGACGCCAUAGCCGCUGCCCGCACAGCCAAAUCCUGGGGCCUCAUCCUGGGCACUUUGGGCCGCCAAGGCAGUCCCAAGAUACUGGAGCACCUGGAGCAUCGGCUCCGAGCCUUGGGACUCAGCUUCGUGCGGCUGCUGCUCUCGGAGGUCUUCCCCAGCAAGCUCCGCCUUCUCCCGGAGGUGGACGUGUGGGUGCAGGUGGCCUGCCCACGCCUCUCCAUCGACUGGGGCACAGCCUUCGCCAAGCCCCUGCUGACGCCCUAUGAGGCGGCCGUGGCCCUGGCGGACGUGCCCUGGCAGCAGCCCUACCCCAUGGACUUCUACGCCAGCAGCUCCGCGGGGCCCUGGACCCCCAACCACGGCCGCGCCGCCCCGGCCAAGGUAGGGGGACGCGGCCGGGGAGCGCAGCGGGCGGGGCCGGCCGCACGGGCCGAGGCCUGA